AUGACUGUGGAAACUAAGAUGAAAGGUCGUCAAUUAUAUGAUGCAAUCGGCCAGCCUAAGACAAUUGUAGCACCAAUGGUUGACCAAUCUGAAUUAGCAUGGAGAAUAUUAUCAAGAAGGUACGGUGCUGAUUUAUGUUACACUCCAAUGUUUCAUGCACGUUUAUUUGCAAAUGAAGAAAAAUACCGUAAUAACAUGUGGUCAGAACUAGAUGGAGACAAAGAGAAGGAUAGACCUUUGAUAGUUCAGUUUUGUGCCAAUGAUCCGGAUUAUUUGUUGAAAGCAGCUAAAUUUGUAGAAGAUAAAUGUGAUGCGGUUGACUUGAAUUUGGGGUGUCCCCAGGGGAUCGCCAAAAAGGGGAACUAUGGGGCUUUUUUAAUGGACGAUUGGGAUUUGGUUUAUAAAUUGAUAAAGAACUUACAUGAUAACUUGAAGUGUCCUGUUACUGCGAAAAUAAGAGUUUAUGACGACUGGGAAAAAUCGUUGGAAUAUGCCAAACUUGUCUUAAGUGCGGGGGCACAAUUCAUCACAAUCCAUGGAAGAACUAGAGAUAUGAAAGGUCAGGCAACUGGCUUAGCAAAUUGGGAAAUAUUGAGGUAUUUAAGAGAUAACUUACCUAAGGAUCAGGUUUUUUUUGCUAAUGGUAAUGUAUUAUAUCCAUCUGAUCUUGAAAGGUGUACUGAAGCUGUUAAUUGUGAUGCUGUUAUGUCAGCCGAAGGUAACUUGUACAACCCGGGAGUUUUCUGGACAAAAUCAGAUGACAUAGAUAAACAAUUUGCUAGGGUUGACAAGAUGUUAAGGGAAUACUUUGAGAUUGUUAAAAGCUGUCCUGGCGAAGCAUCUAGACAUUCGAUGAAAGCUCAUUUUUUUAAAUUAUUGCAUGCAUUUUUAUGUGAACACACAGAAUUAAGACCGGUUAUUGGAAGAACAAGUGUUCAUGCUAGCUUUGACGACUGGGAAGUUAUUGUAGUUAAGGUCGAAGAAAUUGUCGCCAAAAUAUACGAGCAACCGAAUAUUGACGAGCUUGACAAAAUCACGGUGGGAGAAAUUCAGAGCUGGGGUGGAGCAUAUAAAACCAUUCCUUAUUGGAGAUGCCAGCCAUAUUUCAGAAAAGUUAAUGGUGAGAAGCAAAAUACAAGGGUAUUAAAAGUCGCUGCGGAUAAAAACCAAAAGAAUGUUGUUGAACAGGCCCCAAAAGAAAUCCCUGGUAAAAGAAAGGCUGAGAGCGAACUACAAGUCGAUGACAGAAAGAGGAUAGACACAACUGCAUAA